GGCAAACAAUUUUUUUUUAUUAUUAUUAAUGGAACCAUCAGAAGCGAAUGAAAUGAUCCCAGUGACUGACAAUAAAUUGAUCGCUCGCUGCCUUCAAAAGUCAAAUCACGUGUACCUCUUGUCGGCUUGAUUUGGUUUGGUAUUAAAAAAUAAUUAAAGGGGGACCACCUUCCCUUGUUCAUCAUUUUAACAUGAAGUUCAAUCUAAUCUCGUUCAUCGCUCUUCAACUGCCUGUCAUUAGUCUAGCUGCAACAGUUAAGAACCUGGUAGUGUUUGGUGAUUCCAAUUCAGACGUUGGAAAUAGUCAAAGGUGGUCUGAUGGAUCAUUAUGGAGCGAAUAUUUAGCAGCAGGAUGGAAUGCAUCCUUAUACAGUUUCGCUUACAGUGGAUCUGUGUGUGACAAUGCAAUGUUUAAAUCAAUUGAAGAUAAAACACCCAGCUUAAAAGAUCAAAUGGAAGCAUAUUACAACUUAAAUUUAAAUUUAAAGCCAGAGGAAACCGUUUAUGCCUUUUGGUUUGGUGUACAAGAUAUUUUUGAAAUGUCAAAACGUCAUGGACGUCAGGAACCUGAUUAUAAGGAGAUAUUGGAAUGCAUUGGACAACAACUGCAAUCAAUCGAACACACAGCAGUGGAUAUCAACCGCGGUUUGGAGAAAGAUGUAGCGAAUAUGAAUAAACACCAUCACGCAUUAGAAAUGGAUUACGUUGAUAUUCAUUCAUUAGUUAACGAUAUCAAUGUCGAUCCAGUCUUUUUUAACUUUACAAGUGUAUCCAAUGCUUACCUUGAUGAGUGUGACGGAGAUUCUUGUAAACCCAAGGAUUAUCUCUGGUGGGACAAGACCCAUUUUACAACAGUCUUGCUAAAAUUCUAUAUCAGCCUUUCACAACAGAUUGCUACAAGUAUUCUUGAAGCAGAGUCCUACAUGCCAAAAGCAGAAUUAACAAGCUCGAUCGUGAAACAAUUACAAAAUGUAAAGUCUAGAUUCCGUUCAAAAAAAUGCUUACCUGUUAAACCAUCACAGCUACCCUUGGAAGAAGAUAUGGAGGACUAUGAACAAUCCACAAUCAACCAGAACAAUACAUAUGUUGGAUUAUUUAUCGUUAUUUUGAUAGUAGGCGGUAUUAUUGCCUGUAUCAAAUUCCCAAAUUCGCUCAUUUCCAAUUGGAUUCGUAACAAGGGUCGUGGAAAGUUUAUACCCGUGAGAAGUGAAGAUGUCUAAGUUCUCGGCCAUCCAAGUGUAUAUGUAUAUAUUUAUACAUACAAAAAACAAACAAAUAAUUUAAAUAAAAUUAGAUAUUUUUAAACCAUA